AUGUCGGAUGAAUCGGGACAGUUGAGUGAAGCUGAUGGUAACGCAAUGCCACCUCCAGACGGUGGGUAUGGCUGGGUAUGUUUGGCUUGCUGCUUCAUGGUCAACUGUUUCACCUGGGGCGUUGUUGCCUCUUAUGGUGUCUAUCUAUCGUACUACCUAACAAUCGACGCGUUACCUGAAGCUCGGCCUCUGGGAUAUGCCUUCAUCGGCGGUCUGAACUUCGGAAUCGCGAUGCUCUCGGCUCCCCUGAUUACACACCUGGCGCGAUCCUACGGCAUCAGGUUACCCAUGUUGGCGGGAGCAGCCUUGUUGGGAGGAGGGUUCAUUGCAGCGUCUUUUGCUUCUCGUAUCUGGCAUCUCUACCUCUCGCAAGGUGCCUUGGUCGGUUUAGGUGUCGGAUUCGUCUACGUACCCAGCAUCGCAGUUCUAUCUCAAUGGUUCGCGAAAAGAAGGAGUCUUGCCAACGGUAUUAGUGCGCCAGGCUCAGGCAUCGGUGGGUUGAUCUUCUCCUUCGCUACUGGCGCCUUGAUAGACCAUCUCGGGAUUGGAUGGGCGUUGAGGAUUACUGGAGCUACUCUUUAUUCGCGACCGCAACGGUGUCAUUCGACCUAA